AUGGGGUUUCUAUACAACGAGGAUAUUCGACUACGUGAACGAUAUACCGAAUUCGACCCCGCCGCCCUUCUGCGAGAAGCAGAGAAGCAUAUAGGGACCAGCCAUGGACAGGCUGGCUGCAUCACGAAGCUUGCAGAAGGAGGAUUCAAUCGGGUUUUCCUUUUAGUUAUGGAUGAUGGUUUCCAGGCCAUUGUCAAGAUUCCAUACAAGAUUACCGGGCCCAAACAUUACGCGACCGCCAGUGAAGCUGCCACUUUGUAUUAUCUUCGUUCCAAAGGCAUCCCUGUGCCAAGUGUUUAUGGGUAUUCCGCUACAGAGAAUAAUCCUGCCGGUGUUGAGUACAUCGUUAUGGAAAAGGCUCCAGGUGUUGGUCUGGAGACUAAGUGGUCGAGCAUGAGCAAACGCGAACGACAUAAGCUCGCAUCCACUUUUGUUGAGAUUGAGAGAAAAUUCUUUGACAUUCCCUUCGGCGCUACUGGGAGUAUUUACUUCAAGAAAGAUGUUCCUCCUGAGCUUCAAGCGCCAUUGUAUAUAUCUAAUAUUGGCAAUGAUGCUGAACAUGACAUGCUUUGCAUUGGCCCUACCGCAGAUUACAUGUUUUGGUAUGGGAAACGAGCCAGCCUCGACCUGUAUCGUGGACCAUGUGGGUUUUAUCCGGCAUUACCAUUCGUGGUUUCAGUCUGA